GCGCGUUCUACCGCGACGCCCUCGAUGUCGGACAACGUUUCCUUGCAAAGUCAGAUUAACAGUCUCGAUAUCGAGAUACGAGAUGCGGAAGAAAACAUCAAGAAGUAUCAAGAUUUGCGAGAUUCCCUGGUCUCCCAGAAACAGGCGUAUAUUCAGCAGCUGCACCAACGACGCGUUUCUAGGACGAACACAAGUUUGCCGGGCAAAGGAGGCAUCGAUUACAUGUCUGCAAACUUUGAGUGGACCCAUGAGCUCAAGACUCGGAUGGCAAAAAUCUUUGGUAUAGAGAACUUUCGUUUGUGUCAACAAGGCGUGUGCAAUGCCAACAUGGAUGGACGCGACAUAGUCUGCGUGAUGCCAACAGGCGGCGGAAAGUCGCUGACGUACCAGCUACCGGCGCUCUUGACGCCAGGGUGCACCUUGGUUAUAUCUCCUCUCAUAUCGCUCAUUCAGGACCAAAUUAUGCAUCUCCAAGAAGUCGGCGUUGAGGCAGCUAUGGUCACCGGGGCUGUAUCUAAGCAAGAGACAGACCGGAUCUAUGCUCGGCUAACUUCAGCAACGAGCUCAUCUGCGGACGGUAGGCAAUAUAAGGAAAUCAAGCUACUCUAUGUCACACCUGAGAAGAUUUCCAAGAGCAAACUGUUCAAGUCGAAAUUGAACAAGCUGUACGAGGCUGGCAGGCUUGCUCGUAUCGUCAUUGACGAGGCGCACUGCGUCUCGCAAUUGGGCCAUGACUUCAGACCGGACUACCAGCAGCUAGCUAUCUUGCGACAGCUUUUCCCCAGUGUGCCGAUUCUCGCACUGUCUGCGACAUGUCCACCUAAGGUACUCGAGGACCUCUUGAAGACACUCCGCAUGAAAGCGGUGGUAGACGGUCGAUGUGCACCCCCUGAGGGCACGAUCUACUUUACUUCUUCACUUUACAGAAAGAAUCUGCACUACAAGGUCGUUGCCAAACCUUCGUCAGCACAAGCCGUGAUCAAGGCCAUGGCGGACUAUAUCCUAAGCAAGCACCUGAAAGAGAGCGGAAUCAUCUACUGCCUUAGUCAAAAGGAUUCGAUGACCGUAGCCAAGGACCUGUAUGAAGCUAGUGGGUACAAAAUAAAGACCGGUGUCUAUCAUGCCGGUAUCCCCGACGCGGACAAGGAAACCUUGCACAGGCGGUGGCGGAACGGCGAAAUUCAGGUUGUCUGCGCUACAAUCGCUUUCGGGCUAGGCAUCGAUAAGGGCGACGUCCGAUUUGUAUUGCACCACUCUAUGUCGAAAUCCGUGGAGGGCUUCUACCAGGAGUCUGGGCGAGCAGGCCGAGAUGGCAAAGACUCUGACUGCGUGCUCUAUUACCGUCCGCAGGAUGCAUCGCGACUCAGCGGCAUAGCUUGCGAAGAGAAGGAAGGGCCAUCGAAACUAUUUGAUAUGCUUAGGUUCGUCCAUGACCUGAAACAGUGUAGGAAGAUACAAUUUGCCAACUAUUUCUCUAUGUCGUCUCACGUGUCCUUGUCAUCGUGGGCUACGGAGGGCGAGGACGCCCUGAAGCGCUGCGGACACUGCGACAAUUGUUUGCGGGAUCCGCAAAAUGUGGAAAGCAAGGACGUUACCCUCGAGGCGUGGCAAAUUCUUCGGGUAGCCGAGGAGAUCAAGAAAGGCAGAGGCCUGGAAACCCUGGCUAAGCUUUCCGAUUUUGUCAGAGGCGCAGGCGGUGGUGGAUUUCAGGUCAAAGGUGCCGGGUCAAAGCGGAAAGGUAAAGGCAAGGCGACAGAGAAGACUGGACUAGAUAUCGAAGACAUUGCCGGAGGGAAGGUUAAUCUGUCUAAGGAGAAUACCGAACGUCUCCUGGUCGAGCUCCUAUUGUCCAAAGACCUUCAACAGGAAUACAAGAUAAAUGCCUAUGCUACGAACGUUUACAACAAAUCCGGACGAAAGAGCAACGCCGGGAAGAAAGCCAAUACCUCAGCCAUUAAAGUCGCCGACAAGCCGCCGAGGACUUCCAACAGCAAAAGGAAGAAAGCUGUGCCGAGUUCUGACUGUGAAACAGACGAGGACGAAGAAGAAGAUCUACUGCACAGCCCAAACGUACUGGAUAGUCCCUCUUCAGACCCCGUCAUUCUUGACAGCGAGACUGAGGACAGCUGGGCCUUCUCGUUCAGGGAGUCGCAGCCGCCUCGGAAGAAACCAAGGAGGAGUAAUGUAUCUGCUUCCAGCUCGGCGAAGAAAGCACCCGACAGUGAUGAUGAUGUUAUCUGUUUACUGUCAGACUAA